UACUAAUACACAGUUACAUUACAUAUUAUGUAAUUUUCUUAUUGCCUACCCACCCUCUGUGACUCCUCAGUAAUCACUAGCAUGAGUUAUGAACAAGCUGAACAGCUCUUUCUUAAACCCCCUAAUACCACCACAGCAAGCCACCGCGACUGCCACCACCAAAACUUUCAACGCCGUCAUCAACCGCCUCUCGUCCCAAGGCUCUCACCAAGAAGUCCUUGCCACGUACUCCUCCAUGCUCAAAACCAACACACCUCCAGACUCCUACACCUUGCCUAAUCUUCUCAAAGCUUGCACCUCCUUAAACCUCUUUCUGUGUGGCCUCUCGCUCCACCAAUGCAUUGUCGUUAAUGGGUUAUCUUUGGAUGCCUACAUUGCAUCUUCUCUGAUCAACUUUUACGCCAAAUUUGGACACGUCCAAAAUGCCCGCAAGGUUUUCGACGUAAUGCCCCACAGAAAUGUUGUUCCUUGGACUUCCAUUAUCGGAUGUUAUUCGCUUGCCGGAAAUGUUGGAGUUGCGUUUGAGAUGUUUAGGGAGAUGCGGCGCGAAGGAGUUCAGCCCAGUUCGGUUACUCUGUUAAGCUUGACCUCCGGAGUUUCGGAGCUGCCUUAUUUGCAGUGUUUGCAUGGUUGUGCAGUAUUAUAUGGUUUUGAGUCUGACAUUACUUUGGUGAAUUCAAUGUUGAAUGUGUAUGGUAAAUGUGGAAGAGUUGAAGAUGCUAGGCACUUGUUUGAGUAUAUGAAUGCAAGAGACAUAGUUUCAUGGAAUUCCUUGAUUUCAAGCUAUUCCCAGGCUGGAAAUAUCGGAGAAGUAUUCCGGCUUUUGUAUACGAUGAGGGUUGAAGGAAUGGAGCCUGAUAAACAGACGUAUGCAUCUGCUGUAUCUGUGGCUGCCAUGCAGAGUAGUUUGAAAUUGGGAAAGUCAGUGCACGGACAGAUUUUAAGAACUGGAUAUGAAUUGGAUUCCCAUGUCGAAACAGCGCUCAUAGUUAUGUACUUGAAAUGCAGGAACAUCGACACUGCAUUUCAUAUCUUCGAAGGGACAAGGAAUAAGGAUGUGGUUCUGUGGACGGCCAUGAUGUCAGGGCUUGUGCAAAAUGAUUAUGCGGACAGCGCACUAAUCGUUCUCUCUCAAAUGUUAGAAUCAAAAACAGUGCCGUCUAGUGCGACCGUAGCUAGUGCUCUUGCAGCUUGUGCGCAACUGGGUUCUUUUGAUAUGGGAACCUCGGUUCAUGGUUAUGUGCUGAGGCAAGGAAUGAGGCUAGAUAUCCCUGCCCAGAACUCCCUUGUAACAAUGUAUGCAAAGUGCGCGCGUUUGGAGCAGAGUCGUGCUGUUUUCGAAAGAAUGGGCAAAAGAGAUUUGGUUUCUUGGAAUGCCAUGAUUGCUGGAUAUGCUCAAAACGGCCAUUUACGCGAGGCUCUGCUUCUCUUCUCCGAGAUGAGGGCAACCCUUCAGAAGCCCGAUUCUUUAACUGUGGUCUCACUUCUGCAAGCUUGUGCUUCCAUUGGGGCACUCCAUCAAGGAAAGUGGAUUCACAACUUUACAAUUAGAAGUUGCCUUAGACCAUGCAUUUUGAUAGACACAGCUCUGGUUGACAUGUACUCAAAAUGUGGUGACUUAGAUAGAGCUCACAGGUGCUUCGUUGAGAUGUCAGACCCAGAUUUGGUCUCAUGGAGCACGAUUAUUUCCGGUUAUGGUUGCCAUGGAAAAGCAGAGACCGCGUUGAGGAUGUAUUCAGAGUUUCUGCUCACUGGAAUUAAACCAAACCAUGUCGUCUUCCUGUCAAUUCUUUCUGCUUGUAGUCACAAUGGGCUUGUUGACACAGGCUUGAGCAUAUACCAGUCAAUGAUAGCAGACUUUGGCAUUGCCCCGAGCCUUGAACACCGCGCUUGCAUUGUUGAUCUUCUCAGUCGAGCUGGCCGGGUGGAAGAGGCAUAUGACUUCUACAAGAGGGUUUUUCAAGAGCCGGCAGUCGAUGUCUUGGGCAUACUUCUUGACGCUUGUCGAACGAAGGGUAAUGAGGAACUGGGGAACAUUAUUGCCGGAGAAAUUCUGAUGUUGCGACCUGGGGAUGCUGGAAACUACGUGCAAUUGGCACAUAGCUACGCUUCGAUGAACAGAUGGGAUGGCGUUGGCGAGGCAUGGAGCCAAAUGAGGUAUCUUGGCUUGAAGAAACUCCCAGGCUGGAGUUGUAUUGAGUUGCACGGGACGAUCACUACAUUCUACACAGAUCACAAUACAAAUCCUCAGUUUGAUGAUAUCGCGUCGAUGUUGAAAAUGUUAAGCGAGGGAAUGAAGAAACCGAGCACUAACAACGAGAGUUGAAUGAUAAAUUUCUGAACUUGUUAA